AUGGCGUUGUCUUCAAGAACAAAUAUUGUUUGUAAAAAUCUUCGUCAAUGUUCAAAUAAAGCUUAUUCUACAGCCAUUAAUAUAUCAGGAAACGUUACAUUCUUUUAUGAAAAACCUAUAGAUAAAAAAAAAAAUGCAUUACUUGGACCUGAAUACGAGUAUCCAUUACUUGGUGACGUUAAGACAACCCUUCUAAAUAUGCAUCCAGAAGAACCAAAACCAAAAACAACAACUUUUGCCAAGGAACCAAUUCGCAGUGAUCUUGAGACUGUUCUUAAAGAUUUUUCUUUUCAAGUUACCAGAGAUGUUACUAAUAAUGGUCCAAAAUUUAUUGAAUUACUUCAACACGAUAAGAGAGAUGUUGAAUUAACAUUUAAUGAAUGCCCUAAAUUAUUGAAAAAAGAUUUACACAGAAUUUUUGUUGAUAGACAUUUUGCAGGUGUUGAUGUUAGUGUUAUCAACAUUUCUCAAAAAACUGAAAAUGAUAUGACUGCAUGGAAUCGUGACAUGGAGACUGAACGUGAUGCUCUUUGUGAAAGUUUUAUUAAUAGUGCAAAAGAUAUUUGCUCAAUUUUCCAUAAAGCUGGUUUUUGGGCUGAUUUUAUUGAACCAAGUUCUGGUAGACCAUAUUUUGGAUCAUUUACAAAUACUUGCUUCUUUGAAACAGAUGAAAGAUAUCGCGAUAUGGGAUUUAAAAUUGAAGAUUUGGGAUGUUGUUAUGUUAUCAGUCACAUGAAAUGGGGAACUCAUGUCUUUGUAGGAAGUAUUUUUACUGAUGCUCCUAAUGAUAGCAUGGUUAUGAAUGAAAUUAAAGAAGCUGUUAAAGAUAUCUAA